CUUUGCGUCCCGCCUACACUCCAUCAGCUUUGCUAGAUCACAAUCACUUCUUCCCUAAAAACCCCCCUUCUUCCAGGUAAGUUUUUGCCCUAAUAUUUCUUUGCUUUAUUGUUAAACCCUUAAACCCUCAACCUGUUUGUUUCCUCAGAAAACAGUAAGGAAAAACCCAGAAAAAAAGAUCUUUCAUUUGCCAUCUCUUUUUCUUCUGAUUGGAUUUCUAAAUAUUGGGUUGCAAUAAAGGCAGAGACUUGGGGUUUGUUUAGCAUGGCUUUCCGUGUAGGAGCAAAGCGUUCUCUUGGUGGUCUUCUCUGUAACAGAGUGCUGAGUAGUAGCUGCAGUACUUCUGGACAUGGAUUUUCCACGUUGGUUUCCAAAAGGGUUGCUUUUGCUCAAGCCACAGAAACCCAGGUCUCAGUUACUUCCAAUUUUGCCAAUCAGCCCUGUGGAUUUGUUCCCUUCUUUAGAAGAUUCAGUGUGGAAGCUUCUUCUAUUGACCAAGUGAGUCUCAUAAGGCAACUGAGGGAAAGAACAAGUGCUCCCAUUAAAGAUGUCAAGGCUGCUCUCAUUGCUAGCAAUUGGGACAUUGAGGCUGCUCAGAAGGACUUGAGGAAGAGAGGGAAAGUUCUGGCAUCGAAAAAGUCUGCUAGAACAGCUGCAGAGGGAUUGCUGGCAUUGGCCCAGAAUGAGAACAAAGCUGCUCUUAUUGAACUUAAUUGUGAGACUGACUUUGUUGCUAGAAAUGAGAUAUUCCAAUAUUUGGCUUUAGCUUUAGCAAAGCAAGCUUUGCUAGUCAGCAACUCUUCUCAGCCGGGAACCUUUCCAGUUGGACCUGAGCAUUUGCUGGACUUGACACUAAAUCUUGAACACCCGAAAAUUUCUGGAGAAACAACUGUUCAAAAUGCAAUUACUGAAGUGGCUGCUAUGAUGGGCGAGAAUGUUAGACUUAGAAGAAGUUAUGUGACAUCUACAUCUUCACAUGGUGUUGUCUCUACCUAUCUCCAUACCAGUCCCCAACCAGGUUUGGGUCGGAUUGCUGGAAUUUUAUCUCUUGAAGUAGAGGAUGGGAAUUUUCAACUGGAUUCUCUCCAGCGAGUUGGGUCAGAACUGGCCAUGCAUGUGGUGGCAGCAAAGCCAUUAUUCUUGACAAAGGAACUUGUUUCUUCUGAUGCAUUAGAGAACGAACGCGAAGUUCUUAAGUCUCAGGCGGAAAGUACUGGGAAAUCUCAGAUGGCCAUAGAAAAAAUGGUAGAAGGCCGCUUGCGUAAAUACUAUGAGGACGUUGUUCUUAUGGAGCAGAAGUUUGUUAUGAAUGACACUGUAAAUGUAAAGACAAUAUUAGACAAUCUAUCUAAGGAAGUUGGAUCAACAGUGACGGUUGGGAGCUUUUUCAGAAUGGAAGUUGGAGAAGGAAUUCAAAGGCUAGAAGAAUCAUCUGAACCUUUGGCUCAGGCUGUUUAACUUUCAAGUCUAGCUUCCCUUCAACGAGGAAAGUUGUGAUGAUAGAGUUUAAUUUUAUGAAUUUGUUACUCCAGAUAUGUGGACUUUCUUUGUCUUUCGAUGUCUGUUUAUGGUCCUGCCGUAUUCAUUUUUGCACCAGCAGAUUUUGUUACAGCAAUGCUCAAGCUCAAGUGAGGCCCUUUUUAUUAACUUAAGCAGGUAGGUGCUAGUCACAAUUUUUGUGAAAGAAUUACCUCUUAUUUUAGGCAACAAACAGAAGAGAAUAAAAGAUUAUACUGUGUUUGCUCGUUUGCCCUACAA